CAAAUGAUUCCUAAUGUCAAAACCUAUGCUUCCCUCUUGCAAGCCUCCAUAAAAAACAGAAUAGUCCGCCACGGGAUUCAGCUUCACGCCCACCUAAUCAUCACUGGGCUAUACCAACAUGGUAUUCUGGGAAUCAAACUUUCUGCCAUGUAUGCCAUCUGCGGAAAAAUGGUUGAAGCACGUGAAGUGUUUGACAAAAUAUCUCAAAGAAAUGCCUUUUUAUAUAACAUGAUGAUCAGAGGGUAUGCCUGCAGUGGGCCCUGUGAAGAAGCUCUUGUACUCUAUAAUGAAAUGAUAAAGACAGGCAUACAGCCAGACAACCUCACCUUUCCCUUUCUGCUCAAAGCGUGUGCAUCCUUAUCUGCGCUAGAGGAGGGCAAAGAAAUUCAUUAUCAGGUAAUCAAUGCAGGACUUGACUCUGAUAUUUUUGUGGGGAAUACCCUUGUAGCCAUGUAUGCUAAGUGUGGAGAAACUGAAGUUGCACGGCAAUUGUUUGACAAUAUGUCUACAAGAAAUGUAGUAUCAUGGAAUGCUUUGAUUGCAGGGUAUGUACAUAAUGGAUGUGCCAGUGAGGCCUUAAAACUCUUUUAUGACAUGCAGCAGGCAAACAUGAAGCCCGACCAGGCAACAAUUGUGUCUGUGCUCUCGGCAUGUGCUACACUAUCAGCUCUGCAAGAGGGCAAGAAUGUUCAUUACUACAUCAUUCAAAGUAAAUUUGAGUCGAGUCCGUUUGUCGUGACUGCUCUUAUAGACAUGUACACCAGUUGUGGGGAUAUAGCUGCUGCACGUGGAUUGUUUGAAACUAAUAAAAAUUAUGUUCCGUCAUGGAAUGCAAUGAUUGCUGGGUACACACAGAAUGGGCAAGCCGUGGAAGCACUAUUUCUGUUUCAGAAUAUGCAACUAGAAUGUGUAAUACCUGACCGGGCAACAAUUUUGAGUGUUGUCUCUGCAUGUGGUGAAUUAGCAGCUCUGCAUCCGGGCAGGGAAAUCCAUGCCUACAUUGUUAAAAGUAAAUUUGAUUUAAAUGUCUAUGUGGGGAAUUCUCUUGUUACGAUGUAUAACAAGUGUGAACGAUUAGAUGUUGCUCGCCAAGUGUUCAGAAAAAUGCCUAAAAGAAACGUUGUUUCAUGGAAUGCAAUGAUUGCAGGGUAUGCCCAGAAUGGUAGUUAUAAUGAGGCUUUGAAACUCGUCAACGAGAUGAAAUUGGCAGAUAUGGCUCCUAACCAAGUAUCUGUUCCAAGUGCUCUCCAGGCAUGCGCUAACCUAUCAGCUUUGCAGCAGGGUAAGGAGAUUCAUGGCUAUAUAAUCAAAUACAGUCUUCAAUCAGAUGUUUUUGUGCAGAAUUCUCUGAUUGACAUGUAUGCUAAAUGUGGGAAAGUAGAAAUUGCAAGGAAAGUAUUUGAUGAAAUACGUCAAAGAGAUGUGGUCAUAUGGACUGCCAUGAUUUCAGGGUAUGCACAGAAUGGACACGCCAAUGAGGCUCUGGCACUUUUUCAUCAAAUGGAACUGGCAGACAUGGAACCAAACCAGGCAACGAUUUCUAGCGUGCUCCGUGCCUGUGCUGACUUAGCUGCUCUGCAACAGGGCAAGGACAUCCACGAGUACAUUAUUGAAAAACAAUUUGAGUCAGAUCUAUCUGUGGGAAAUUCCCUUGUGGCAAUGUAUGCCAAGUGCGGAAGUAUAGAAGUUGCACGUCAAGUUUUUGAUAAAAUGCCCAAAAGAGACGUAAUCUCAUGGACUGCAAUGAUUGCGGGGUAUGGAAUGCAUGGGCAUGGUGAGGAAGCCCUUGCUAUAUUUUUACAAAUGCAUCAAACACGCAUAAAGCCAGACUAUAUAACGUUCACUUGUGUUUUGUAUGCUUGCAGCCAUUCAGGGCUGGUGGACAAAGGCCGACUAGUCUUUGAUUCUAUGAGUAAAGAUUAUUGCAUGACUCCCAAUAUUGAACAAUACGAGUGCAUGGUUGAUCUUCUUGGUCGUGCUGGGCAUUUACUUGAAGCCAAACAACUUAUUGAGAAUAUGCCCUUGGAACCUAGUGCUGAUGUAUGGGCUGCUCUGCUUGGUUCUUGUAGAGUUCACUGUGAUGUUGACAUUGCAGAAUAUGCAGCAAAACACCUUUUUGUGAUCGAGCCUGAAAAUGCUGUAAAUUAUGUACUCUUAUCAAAUAUCUAUGCAGCAGCUGGUAGAUGGGCUGACGUAAACAUGUUGAGAACAAUAAUGAGAGACAGGGGACUGAAAAAGACUCCAGGAUGUAGCUUCGUUGAGAUUGAUAAGAAGGUCCACACAUUCCUUGUGGGAGACAGAUCACAUCCUCAAACAGAGGAAAUUUACUCAGCUCUAGAGAACUUGGCUGGGGAGAUGAAGGCAGCUGGGUAUGUUCCUGACACAAAUUUUGUGUUACAUGAUGUGGAGGAGGAGAUGAAGGAGCAUUUGCUGUGCAUACAUAGUGAGAAGUUGGCUAUUGCUUUUGGGCUUAUCAGCACAAGCUCUGGGACCCCCAUUCGCAUCACAAAGAAUCUUCGUGUGUGCGGUGAUUGCCAUAGGGCCACUAAGUUCAUAUCCAAGAUUGUGAGGAGAGAAAUUAUUGUCAGGGAUGCUAACCGUUUCCACCUUUUCAAGGAUGGAACAUGUUCUUGUGGAGAUUAUUGGUAGCAUUAAAUUCCAUUCAGAACAAGCAGCCAUCAUACAGUUGUAUAGUUUUAAAUUUUGCAAUUUCUCUCUGGGAGAUAGCAGUCAUGCUGGGAGCAAUGAAAGCAUGGUGAGCUUAUCUAUUUCAAAUAUGCAAGCGUAUGAACCAUGCUUACCUCAUAUAGAUGUACAUUUAAUACGACAGAAAGAAAUGAGGAAGCCAACCAAAUGGAACCUAUACAUAAACAUUCCAACAGAAUUGUACAGGUUUUUUUUUAUUUGGUCACCAGCAAUCUUUAUGAAUGCACUAACAUUAAUGCAAUUAUUUUGUCCGAAGAGAUUACAGCGUAUCUGCUUCGCAGAAUACCAACUACAGAUGCAUUAAACAUCUGCAAUGCAAGUUUCAACUGGCUAAUCCUUGUGAAACAGCUUCCUUAAGCUGAAAAGCGGGCAGCGAGACCAUUGAUUGGUUUUCCAUCUGUUGAAUGAAAUUCAUCAUUCUAAAUUUGU